AUGAGCUCCCAUUCAGAGGUGCCCCGAGGAGAGUCGUGGGCUUCAAUUCCCACAGAUCUGAUCCUCGCCGAGUUGAGGCGACGCCAGGAAGAUGGCGAGAAACCAGAAUGUGGUUCGAGGUCAAAAGGUUCUUAUGAUACUUCAGCGCAUGUGUUUGCCUUGAUCCUCAUCUUGGUCCUUAGCACAUUAGCAUGCGGUUUCCCUCUAUUGUCACGACGAACGAUGCGCGGCCGAAAACAAAAAUCCAUUAUAUUCUAUUGUCAGCAUAUUGGAACCGGCGUCCUAUUGGCAACGGCCUUUGUCCACCUCCUUCCUACCGCUUUCGAGUCCAUGACCGAUCCAUGUCUCCCUGAUUUCUUCAGUAAAGGGUAUACGCCGCUCCCGGGACUUGUGGCUAUGGUUUCCGCCAUCAUUGUUGUUGCUAUCGAAUCGUACCUGACUGCGCGAGGAGCUGGUCAUUCUCACUCCCAUAACCAUGGUUAUUUUGACUCGGAUGACGAACACGAGAGCGAAUUGCCAAUGAUGGAUACAUCUGGACUAUCUGACAGGAGAACUGGGAUGCGACCACCAGAUAUUCACCUUGAACCUAUGGAAAGCCAAGGGCUGGUUGCUGGCGUCUCACCUUUGCCGGGCACGUCGCCCUUGGGUCAAGAGUCUAAGAAACUCAGCGAUGACUUCAACGACGCGGAUUCAGAUCUUGACCUCGAUAUGGACGAGCUUGACCCUUCGGGACCGAGCAGCAUGAGAAACCGAAGUGGUCCUUACGCCUCUCUCAAAGCCGGAGUAGCCGAUGAGGAGCCCUUGACACCCAUGACCCCCAUGUCUCCUGGACCACAGUCCCCCGAGGAACAACAACGCAAGAUGCUGCAAUGCAUCUUGCUAGAGGCCGGAAUUCUUUUUCACAGUAUCUUUAUUGGUAUGGCCAUCUCAGUUGCCACUGGUCCCGCCUUUGUGGUAUUCUUGGUCGCCAUCAGCUUCCACCAGACAUUCGAAGGACUCGCCCUCGGCAGUCGCAUUGCUGCAAUUCAGUUCCCACGAAAAUCGAUUCGGCCAUGGCUUAUGGUUCUAGCGUAUGGAACCACGACACCUAUUGGUCAAGCAAUUGGGCUUGUCGUGCACCGUAUGUACGACCCUAAGAGCGCUGGAGGCCUUCUUGUCGUUGGCUUCAUGAAUGCCGUGUCAUCUGGCCUCUUGUUGUAUGCUGGCCUUGUGCAACUACUAGCGGAGGACUUCCUGACGGAAAAAAGCUACAAGAUAUUGAAGGGUACAAAGAGGCUACGGGCUUUCUUGGCUGUCUGCGGAGGUGCACUUCUGAUGGCUGCCGUUGGUGCCUUUGCUUGA